UUGGCUUGUAAGCUUUACAAGUUAGCUUGUACUCUUACAUACUCUUUAAUACAAUAUCUAUCUUAUAAAUAGUCUGAAGAAGAGAUGCAGUGGAUUUUGAGGUCAUCAACAGCAAGAUCCUUCGAAGGAAAGUGGUCUCCAAAAAUCAGACCACCCUACGAGUACGAUGACCCGGAAGACCUGGAAGAUGAUAUUCCCCUGGUUUUCCAUAUGCCUAGUUGGCAGCUCAGAGCCAGCCUUGCCUCUGUGUUGAUCACCCCUGUCCUCUACCAACUCUACCUCAUUAUGAUCACCAUCAGAUACAUACUCUUCUUACAAACCUUUUCUUCUCCCCCACGUCCUGCUUGCCCUGUGGUUGACUUGAGUUGGACUGGAGUGUUUCCUUGUGAGCUGGGAUGGAGGGGGAGUGCACUGGCCGUUCUCAUUCUGUCAGCUGUGCUUAUCACCUGCUACUCACUCAUUACUGCCUGCUUGGUGAGAUGGAACCCUCGGAAACGAUGGAACAUUCAGCAUUGCAUAACAUCAGAAAAACCGACCAAGUUCAAAGUGAGAGUUCAAAGCACUAAUCAUCGACCGAUGUUGCCCCCCACUCUCAGUCUGUGUAUACUGUUACUGAUAUUCCGCUUACUGUUACAGUCAGGAGAUGUUGAAGCAAACCCUGGACCAACGCUUGGUUCAAUUCUGAUGCUCAGUGAUUUGAAUUCUGUUUACAAGAACCUGAUAAUAGCCGCUGGAAACUGGGUGAACCUGGGACUUGAUCUGGGAUUAGGUCAUGGCACCCUCGAUGAUAUAAAAGAUGACUAUCACAGGAACAAGGAUUGUCUACGGGAAAUGUUAGCUGUUCGCUUGAAGACUGGCCCGCUCACUUAUUUUGAAAUAUGCCAGAGUCUCAGAGCACCAUCAGUUGAUCGGAAUGAUGUCGCUGAGGCUAUAGAGGAGGCAUGUACAGUUGACGAUACUUUACCUGGGCCAUCUAAAACAAAUAUGUCUACAACGAAUCCUGAACCAACCAGAUUUAAACAGCACUUUGAAGAAGCAAUGAAGGAUGGAUUUGUCACUUUGAAAACUGUUAAUGUUAUUCUAAUGGGACCUGCUGGUAGUGGAAAGACGAGUGUUAAAGAUCUUGUAUUGAAUAACGAAGUAAAGGAAGAACGAAAUAGCACAGGUCCUUUGGAUAGAACCAUCCAGGUCAGAUCCGUAUCAAGUCAUCAUGUUGUGUGCAAAGGCAAAGAAUGGAAGGAAAUAACACCACAAGAUAUGAAGCGUUUACUUUCUGAAGCUAUUUCUCAAUAUAAGUUAAAGGAUGAUCAUAAAAAGAGUAGCACAAGCGCUGCUGAAGACAUUCAUGAUCACUCACAAGCAGCGGUAAAUGCUGUUGUUGACGAUCUUGAGGAAAUAAGUUCAAUGGCAGAUUCAACAAGCAUACAUAAAAGUGGCGAAGAAUUGUUUGGUACCAUGACAAUACGUGUUACCGAUAGUGGAGGCCAACCACAGUUUCACGAUAUUGCACCUCUUUUCACACAAGGAACUUCAGCUGGUAUAUACGUAAUGAAGCUCACAGAUAAGUUUAACGAUUAUCCUUCUGAUGAGUGCUAUAUAGAAGGACAACAAGUCGGCACUCCUUCCCUCUCACACUUGUCACACAGGGAAACUAUUCUAAGUCUCAUUCAAUCUCUCCUGUCGGUGAACACACAUGAAAAGAAGCCACGAUGCAUCUUUGUGGGCACAUUCAAAGACGCAUUCAAGAAUGAUCCUCCUUCAAUUCUGUCUACCCUAAAAAAAAAAAAUCAAGAACUCCAUGCCUUGAUUCCUGAAUGCUUUAGAGUAUACAGGGACAGACGAAUGACCCAACUAAUAUUUGAAUUAAAUGCAAUAUCUCGAGAUGAAGACACUCAAACUAUUGCACAAGCUAUUCGAAAUGUGGUGGAAGGGUCUCCGUUUUUUGAAGACGAUGUUCCACUCCGGUGGUUUGCUCUGGAGCUUUCCUUGCAGGAGUACUGCACUCAAGUUGGGAGACGUAUUCUCACCAGAAGUGAGUGUGUAGAUGUGGCUAAAAAACUACAGUCACAUACCGAUGACAUAGAAUCUGCUCUUGAAUAUUUUGACAAAAUCUGCAUAGUCCAUUACUAUCCGCAGAAACUUCCUGGAAUUGUCUUUGUAGAUCCUCAGGUACCCCUAGAGAUAAUCAAUGAUCUCGUUCGAUAUGCGAUGUCUUUAAGAGAAGGUGGUGAAGAUACUUUACCAACUGCAACUCAAUUAUUUAAUUCUGAUCCUAUUAAGUUGAAGUUGCUCAGAGAUGGUGGCGUCCUAACACUUGAUAUACUGGAGUCUGAGGAUUUUAAAAAGCAUUUUUGGUAUCCUGAUCAUCAUGGUCGUAAUAUAUUUGCUCCUAAACAUAUGAUAGAGCUCAUGAAAGAACUUUUAGUGAUAUCUCCUCUCACAAAUUCUCUGUUAUGCGAAUCUACUCAAUUCUUUAUGCCUGCCCUCCUUAAGUCUAUACCACGAGCUGAGUUGAAAAACUGCUGCAUCAAUGAGCCCUCGGUCGAUCCACUUCUUGUUCGCUUCACCAAUGGCUGCAUUCGAGCUGGGGUCUUCUGCUGCUUGGUGGUGUUCUUAAUGAAAACGCGUGGGUGGGAAAGGUACAGUAAAUCGGGAGAACAAGUGCCUCAAGCAAGAAACUGCAUCAAGCUUCGAAAGAAAAAGUGUUUCGUUACUCUUGUCGAUUCAAUUGCACAAAUAGAAGUGUAUGUGAAUGCUAAAAAAAUAAUUUGUGAAAAUCUCUGUCCAAAAAUCAAAGAAGACAUUUUGGAAGGAAUUAGAGCUUCUCAAGAAGCCCUUCAUUAUUCGAUUAAUGCCCCAGAAAUCUGCUUUUUCUGUCCUUGUAUUUAUGGUGCCAUAAAAUGUCAUCAUGCUGAGGUUGAUGUUGAUUAUACCUGGAAUUGUUCCGAAAAGCCUGAUGAAUACGAUGGAAAGUUAGAAAAUAAACAUUUAAUUUGGUUCGAAAAGAAAAAUCCUGGGGGAGGUGAACAUUUCGAGAGUCAACAUUUAACUGUAGACAAUGUAGUGAGGGAAGUGGGUAUCAAGAAAGAAGUGCUUGAUCAGCAUUGCUCGUCUGAACUUUUGCAAGAAAUUGGUCGAGUUCUUCCAAACUGGCUGAAGUAUGCUCAGGCUCUGCUAUCUAAAGCACAAAUUCAAGGUAUUAAGACUGACGCUAACUUAGAUAAUGAAAUGAAAGGUCAGAAGGUGUUGGAGAUUUGGCACAACGAAUGUAACACAAGCUACCGCACGCUUGUUGAUAUUUGCCUCACAUUUAAGGAUGGCGAAACAGCAAGAAGAAUCUGUGAGAUAGUAAAAGAGUACAAUCUAAAGAGGAAGAGAGAGGACACUAAAGACGAUGAAGACAGUGAAUGUAGUGCUAGUAGAGCAAAAAAAACAUGCCAACCGUACUGAGUUUCUUACUGUAGCAGUAUAGCAAACAUUAUAUUUACCAGACGCACACUGUCAUGCAUACAUUAAUUGUUUUAGAACUUGUUAAGACUCUUGUUACAAAACAAAAAGUUGUAUAGUUACCGUAAAACCUCGAUUUAAGGCGAC